UUUCACUGCUGUCCGAUAGGGAUGAUAGCCUGCUAUUGUUAUGUUUCAUUUUGUUUUAUAUGUAUAAAAAACGUUUAUAUUUUGUUUUAAAAGUCUUGAUAAGUUUUAGCUUAGUCACGCCAAAUGACAAACUGCGCUGCACGAGAAGAACCUCUACAGAUUGCGCCACGGAAAUUGCAUUUACAUUUAGGCCUGCUUUAAAAUUGACUACUAGACAAUUAAUAGCUAUACAAAGCGAGCCAUGAGAGUGAGACAGUCCAGUCUAGAAGAUAAUCUGAGUUGUUAACUUGAUGAGAAGAGACGCACUGAUUGCUCGAUUGGUCGUGUUUGAGUUUUGAUUGGCCGGUGCAAUCAAAAGCACUUGAGAUGCGGGCAGGACAGAACAGUUCCGUGAGUGGACAACUUCUUAUUUCUGAAAGACCUCACAAAGAUUCGGAAGACGCGAAAAGAACAGUGGAACAAGAAACUUCAGGCUUCCAGUCCAGAGAAAUAACUGCACCUAAACUCUUUAACUGCUGAACAUGGCUGUCAUGCUGAAACCCUGGACCGUCAUCGCUACUCUCCUCUUCUGCGUGCUCCUGUGUCUCGGGACCUUUGUGGACGCGUAUCCGCCUAAACCAGAGAAUCCUGGAGAUGACGCUCCUCCGGAGGAACUCGCCAAAUAUUACACCGCGCUGAGACACUACAUCAACCUCAUCACGAGACAACGGUAUGGAAAAAGGUCCACUUCGGAAGAUGUGAUGGCAGAGCUGCUGUUCGGAGACGAUACAGAGCACAAACAGAGAUCAAGAUAUGAUGACUCUUUUAUGUGGUGAAGUUCAGUGACCCCCGUGUUGCCUGUCCUGAGCUAAGAUCACCUGUGCCUCCCACAGAAAACCUCCAGACAAUUAAAUGAGAACCAGUCAACAUCAGACAACCUCAUCCACCUCUUUAUUAUAAACAUCAUCUCUUUUUAUUUUUGUGCGCACAGAACAAAUCUCAUUAACAACUGUACAUAAUAUAUUAUAAUAGGAACUAUCAAUGGAAGUGUAGCUAUAUGUGUAUACUUCAUUGUGUCAUAUGGAAAUUAUGCUUUUUUGUUUGUACCAUGUAAAUUAUUCUAUGUGAUUAAAAGUUUAUUGAAUGAA